UUACUUAACAUGAUACUAUGGUCACAUGUGGUGGUGUUGUGGUGGCCAGCUGAUAGGAUGAUGCCAGUUAUCUUUUAAUGUCUUAUUCUUGUGUGCUGACGAGUAAUUAUCUACCAGAAAUAGUGAAAGACAGAUAGAUAAACCCCGUGGUGACUCCUGUAUACCACCAUGAGCUUUCAAAUACCAGACUGGGGUGGUGGUGAUGUGUUCUCCUACCACAUUGAUGCCUCUGAGUUCUCGGCAAUGACCUCUGAGUUACCUGAUAGUAGUAUGAUAAAGACAAAGAAAAAACGAAAGAGGAAGAAGACUGAAGAUAACAUAGACACUCAGUUGACUGCUAAGAAGAGAAAAACUGAGGCUAGUAAUAUUACCACCAAGCAAAAUAAGACAGAUACCAGUGUCACUCAAGAUAAACCUUUAUUAUCUACAACCAAAUCACCAGGAAAGAAGACAAAUAAGACAAACAAAAAGGGAGUUGUGUUAAACGACUCACAGGGGAGAAAUAAAGAUAGCAUCGACAACACUCCUCCUGUAAAUACAAACUUAAAGAAGAGAAAGAGAAGUAAGAACAAGUACAAGGAAUUAAAUAUUAAACAGAAUGAAGCCAAGGGGAUUCAGGGGAAUAGUAAUCAUUUAGGUAUGAAUGGUAUUAGUAGUCUAGGGAAGAGUGACAGCUGUGUGGUGGUGAAGGUAACACCAACCACUGUCUUAGAGCAAAGAGGUGAUGGGGGGAAAGGAUGUGCUGAGACAAUCGAGAUGAGAGGUGAUGAGGGGAAAGGAUGUGCUGAGACAAUCGAGAUGAGAGGUGAUGAGGGGAAAGGAUGUGCUCAAAUAAAGAAUGAAUUGAGGCUAAGAAAGAGGAAAAAACCUAAGGACAGACAAGUUAACCAAUCACCGGAGAACAGCACCAAAAACGAAAAAAACAUUAUUGUGUUAAAAGAAAAUAGAGCUGUGGGUCCUACCAAAAAAGAAAAUGGAGAAGCAAAUCCUACCAAAAGUGAAGUUACUGUUACCUCACAUGAAACCAGAAAACAACCAAUGAGUAAAAUGAACAAGAAGAAAAAGAAAAUGAGUGCAAAUGAUUCAAUUUCAGAGAAUCAGAGAACUAAAACAGAUCAAAAGAAACCACCCUCGGAAAAAAACGUAAAUAAAGAGACAAAACAAAAGUCCGAAAAGAGGAAGAAAAACACCGAAUCAAAUAACAAGAAACAAAAGAAGUUGAAGAAGGAGAAACCAGAAAGCAGUGAUGAUGGAGUAGAGGAAUUAAUAUUUGAAUCCGAUGAUGACGUUGACUCUGACCCUAAAUUUAAAUCUGACUUUAAUCUUUUAUUAGAGGAAUUAGAUUUUAAUAACCUUUCUGAACCAAAGUCACUAAAAGGUAAGAAGAAUGUUACAAAAAACACAUCAAUUAUGGAUUUAAAGUCAACAAAAAAAGGCAAGGAAGAGGCAAUUGUUGAGGAAUAUGAUAAAAUGGACAUUGAUAAAGAUGGUGGACGGGAGAAUUCAAAAUAUGAAGAUGAUGAUGGUGAAGAUGUGGGGCUGAGUUAUAGUCAUAAUUCAGGUGGUGAUGAAGGAGGCACCAAGGGCAAAGAAAAGAACGAAGAUACAGAAAAUGAAGAAAGCUCGAAUGUACUAAGUAAGAAAAAGAAAGAAAAGAAAAUAAACAACCAGAAAAACAAAGAAAAGAUAACGAACAACCAGAAAAACAAUGAAAAAAUAACAGGCAACCAGAAAAACAAUGAAAAGAUAACAGAUAACCAGAAAAACAAAGAAAAGAUAACGAACAACCAGAAAAACAAAGGCAAGAUAACAGACAACCAGAAAAACAAUGAAAAUAUAACAGACAACCGGAAGAAGAAAAUGAAAACGGAUACAAAUGAAAAGUCAAAUCUUCAAAGUCCUAUAAACAAAAAGUUUGACAAAGGUAAAUUAUCAAGACUACUGGAAGAAGCCAAGACAGAAAAAGAAGAAUCCAAACCAUCAGAACUGAGCCAGGCAGAUGCUCUACGCAAGAAAAUGGCCGAUCGACUUACAUCCGCCAGAUUCCGAAUGGUAAAUGAAGAACUGUAUACAAUAAAGAGCACCGAUGCUGUUAAACUGUUCAAGAAAGACCGUGAGGCCUUCGACACUUACCAUACCGGCUAUCAGGCACAAGUGAAACGCUGGCCGGUCAAUCCUCUGGACCUCGUUGUCAAGUGGCUGUGUACUAAGCCAAAAGAAUAUGUGGUGGCAGACUUUGGUUGUGGUGAAGCUGCUCUGUCACUCAGUGUACCUCAGAAAAAGGUCCAUUCCCUUGACUUAGUAGCAGCCAACUCCAGGGUUACGGUGUGUGACAUGGCUCACUCACCACUGACGAUGGGUUCGGUGGAUGUUGUGGUGUUCUGCCUCUCACUCAUGGGGACCAACAUCAAGGAUUUCAUUAUAGAGGCCAACAGAGUUUUGAGAGAAGGAGGUAUAAUGAAAAUUGCUGAAGUUGAGAGUCGGUUUGGAGACAUUCCCCAAUUUGUGAAUCUUGUGAGUAAAUUUGGAUUUCAUUGCACCCAAAAAGACACGUCAGAAAAAUAUUUCUUUUUGUUUGAAUUUAAGAAGAACCGAAAAGUGAAAAAGAUAACUGCACUUCCUGAUAUAAUUCUUAAACCUUGUGUGUAUAAGAAGAGAUAGCCUUAGUACAGUACUGUAAUAUAGUUGUUUUAAUGCUUAAUAUAAUUAUUUGUUAUGUGACAAUUUUAAAUAUGGCAACUGGCAAUACCAGCUAAAGAUUAUUUAUUAAUUGUCGAGUAAUAUUGUUAUUAAUCCUUACAGAGGUAUUUAUUUAACAUACAAACGUGAAUGAAGCAAUUAAAAUUAUAAUUACAAAUAUAUUUACAAUAUAUUUUUGUCAAUGGCUCUAAAACAAGAUGGCAAUGACAAGUAAUUUUGUUUUUUAAUAAAAACAAUUAUGAUGUAAAUGAAUAAAGAUCCUGUGGUAUUUAUUAACAUAGUGUUGUUAUAUUUGUUUCCUCCUUGUGAGUCUACAGCUUCAGAAGGUUGGAGAGUUAGAGUACUGUAUGUAGAAAUGAAUAGUGUUGGAAUUAAAAUAUAAACAGUGACAGAAGAGAAUAAUUAACAAGCACCACAACGAACAUAAUACACAAAGUGUUCUAAAUAAAAACAUAGGGUUGUCUCGUGUAACUCUUAACUGCUCAUGUACAAAAUGUUUAUGAGUGAACCACUGUAUGAGAAGUCAUGUACCAUAUUAAAAUUCAUGAGUGAUCAUUAAGUCAGUCAGGUCUUUCUCACUAAUUACAAAGAUUACAUUUGUUGGUAAAUUUACCAGGUGGUGAA